AUGUUAGAAAUUAGAGAAAAAGAAAUUGAAAGUGGUUCUUUGAAAUUAUUUGAUUUAAAGGCUUCAUUUAGAAAAUUAUUCAUCUUAGACUGUUGUAGAUUAAAUGAUGACUCUCAAAUUGACCCAUAUAUUCCUGUCUUUAAAAAAUAUACCAAAGAGGUUGAGGACCAAUUUAAAGAAAGUAAAAAUACAUCAUAUCUUUAUUUUAGUAAUUUAGGAGAACCAUUUGAAUAUAAUCAAUUUAUGUAUGAAAAAAUAUCAACUUUUACAAAUUCAUUAAUAGGAAGAAUAAUUAGUCCAAGAGCUCCAGGAAGAAAUUUAAAGAUUAUUGGUCAAAUUAUUAGUGAGGAUUUAUAUAAUCAAUAUAAAAAGAGUAAUCAUGGAGAUUUUUCAAAACAAUAUAAAAUGUGGUUCUCUGGUUUAAAUAUGUUUAGUUUAGAAAUGAAUAAUGGUACCAAUAAUAAUAAUUCAUCCAGUGGUAUCAUUGGUGGUUCAACAAUUUCUGGUGAAAAGGUUAUACCAGAACUAUUUGAAAAAUAUGUAAAAGAAAAGUUUAAUAUUCAUUUUGGUGAUAAGAGUAUGAAUAAAUUCAUAUUGGUAGAGAACGACGAUCCAUUAGAAGUAAAGAAGAAACAAAAACAACAAUACCUUAAAAAUAAAAGACCAACCUCUCCACAACAAUUAAACUCUUCAUCUCAAUCAGUUCCAGUUUUAAUUAAAACAUCUACCUCAAACACAAAUAUAAGUAGUGGAAGUAAUGGAGAAUUUAGUGCAUCACCAAUUCAAAAUUCCCCAAGCUUUUAUUGGUAUAAAGGUAUUAAUAUGACUCAAUCAGCACCCAAUAUACCAUUAAGUAAUUCACCCAAAUUAUUAAUUGGAUCAAAUAAGUAUAGAAGUGAUUCACCAACUCCAAAUUCAUCUCCAAUGCAAUGUGAAUCACCACCACAAGAAAGAAUUGUAUGUGAAAUUGGUCAAUCUUCAACAUCACCAUCACCAUCACCUAAUUUAACCCCAACUUUAACCAUAACUUCCCCAUCAAAAAUCACCACCACCACCACCACAACAACUACUACAACCACUCCACCAACAACAACCUCAUUUGCUCUCUCUGGUAAAAAUAUGUUUAAAAACUUGGAACAUUUAAAUAGAGAAGGAGAAUGGAAUAUUAUUCACCCAAAUCAAUAUGAAUCUAAUCAAGAUCUACUAUAA